GUCUCGCAGAAAAACGUGUGUGGCAGUGAAAAACGCUCAUCUACGAAUUCUAUCAAAUCAUAAAUUAAUAGUAAAUAUUUAACGAGAAUCAAUACUAAAAGUAUUAUGGGAUAUAUUUGGCAUGAGUGCAUUAGAUUUAUUCAUGCAUAUGUACUUAUGUACCUAGAGACAACCUACGGCGAACAGCUUUCCAGACUUUCCACAUUUUGUUGACGCUUGUGUGUGUAUAAAAAGCCAACGCCAAGCCGCCGAAUGCAUUUGUCGCGAUGAGUAUGCCAUUCAAUGUUACUCAUCAAGGAAUGAGCGUGAAGAACAGUAAUUUUCCCAUUUUAAAAGCAGCCAAAUCACUAAUAGUAGUUCAAAACAAAUCAACGAUUUAUAAAUACAAUAAGUCAACGUUCUAUCAACAGUUGUCAUUCGAUCAACUCGCGGAAAAUCAAAUGAACGCUGAGCAAUUAUUAUUGUUAAACGUAUAGUUAAAAAAAAAGUGCGUAAGACGCCCUGUUUAACAAGAAAAUACUUUUAAAAGAAAAACUAUUGUGGUAUACUGUGUGUGUGUGUAUUCAACGACACUUUAUUUCGAUUGAAACGUUAUAAAAUUCAACGAAACUUUGGUAAUGUAUAUAUGAAUGCAUAUGUACAUAUGAACAUAGCAGAAUAUACAAUUGUGAAACUGAGAGGACGUGAAUUGAUCAGAUAUUUCCAUUUAACACAUUGGCACGCCAUCGGGUUGUCAAAGAAACAAGUAUCUCCUUCUAGUGAUAACGUAAUGAAUUCAGUUCAAAGUGCAACCGAGCAGCAGGAGCAUAUCGGGUCAUUCAAGAGAAGGUUGCGUAAGCGUCGAGAUUGUGACGUAAUCGACACAGACACCGACACUGACGUGGACGGCGCACAGCAGGGAUCAUCAUAUUGGGCGUAUAUUGAGCAAGCUGCCGGCUUUGGCCUGAUCCUGAUCGAUUUGGUGCUACUCCAAAAAGAGUACGUGAAACAAUUCUAUUUUGAGAAGCGUGUGGGCAGCGGAGGACAACAACAAAAGCAACAAAAACAAUUGGCCGGAGCGUGGUGUCUACGCCUGGUGAACGCUAGUGCGAAUUUUGGAUGAUUAAAGUUCAUUUGGCUCGGCAGACCUGCGCCUGGAGGUGGAUCCCAUUGGAAUUGGAUUGCGAAAUACCGGUACGAAUUUUACUCAUUGCGUCAGCGUAAAAGAAAUCGCCUAAAAGCCAGCUUUUAAAAGUGCCGUGCUCGAUAUAUCAUUCCGCCGCCUCUCUCUCUUUGAUUUUAAACGCAUGUGAAUCAUCGGUCCAAUCCAGUCAAAGAUGCAAACACGCACGGUCUCCGCGUUCCCUUUGGUGGCGUCUCGCGUAGUCGUCGUUGCAUCCACUCCGACAAACCGGCAAGUACGGGAGAUGUGCAGCUGACAUAGUAGCUGGACUUGUCAAGGGAAAUCAAUAAAAAAAAAAAAGAAAAACUAACCAACUGUGCGACCAAAAAUCAAAGCAAAGCCAAAACGAUAUAAAUCAGUAAUCAGCCAAAUCAGAAAUUAAAAUAUAUAUAUAUUGACGUUAUUUAAGAAUCGGGAAUAAGCGUCGGAAAAUGUCUGCCAGCCAAAGUGAGGGCGCCGCUUGCCUGAUCGCGGACAAUGUCUGCCCAGAGCUCCUAGUGCUGCAGCCGCUGCAGUCCAAUGGCAACAUGCAGGCGGAGGAACAAGAGGGAUUGCUUCAUCUACCUCGAAUCGCAACCAAAAACAAUCUAUUGAAGCUCAACUGGUGGCAUAUGCCGCCGACACAGCAACUCGACAUCGACAGCAACUCAAUCCUCGCAGAGCAAACAGAUCAUCUGCCAACCAAAAUGGACAACAAUAACACGGCUGCCCGCAGCAGCCUCAAUACGCCGGCGAAGUCAACCUCAUCGCCCACUCACCAUCGUUCAAAUGAAAAGCAUCAGAGGCACAAGGAGAGCACCAUCAUCGAUCCAUCUGAAGAUUUCGAUCUACAAGAUUCACAGCUACUCGUAAAGGAUCCGAAACCAUGCGUCGCACUUCUCAACCAAGAUCAGUCGGAUCAGAUGAAAAUAAGCGGCUACCGGCGCUGCAAUAUUCGUUCGAUUUUGUGCUGGAUCUGCAUUGUUCUAACUGGAGGCCUGUUGCGCCUUAUCCUACAUUGGUGGCGGCAUUGGUAUCUGCUUGCCACAUGCAAGCCCUGCUCCUUGCAGGAGGCACAACAGGUGCUCAUCGAAGAAGACUAUCAGGGAAAUCACAAACUGUAUCAUGUCAAGACUGUGCGGAUUCUGGACGUCGAGCAGUUCAAAAAAUCAUUGCAGCAAAUAUUGCCAGGAGAGGAUUUCGAUGAUAAUAAACUACAGCUCCCAGUUCACUUUGCUUCAGCGCAUUUCAAAGGUUUUCGAUCCCUGAGGACAUUUCGAUGUAAGCAGCUGGUUUAUGCGUGGGACAACAGCAUAAAAAGCUUUCAAAAAAUCAAUGGAUUAGACGUAAAUGUGCCUUGUUCCUAUUACCACCAGCAACGUGGAUUAUCUGUGCAAGAGCAGCUCGCACGCCGCAUUGUAUUUGGGGAGAAUGAGAUAACCGUGCCGCUGAGGGAUGUGAAAACACUGCUCUUCCUGGAAGCUCUCAAUCCCUUUUAUGUAUUCCAAAUAUUUUCUGUCGUUCUGUGGUUUACCUAUGACUAUUACUACUAUGCCUGUGUCAUCCUGUUAAUGUCUAUAUUUGGCAUAUCUAUGUCCAUUGUGCAAACGAAGAAGAAUCAAGAUGUGCUGCAGAAAACAGUUCUAAACACGGGAAAUGCAUGGGUGGUUAACGCGAAAGGAGUUUCUGUGGAAUUAUCUACGAAAAUGUUAGUGCCUGGCGAUAUUAUUGAAAUACCAUCGUCCGGCUGCACAAUGCAAUGCGAUGCCGUUUUACUAUCCGGCAACUGCAUCCUGGACGAAUCGAUGCUGACGGGCGAAAGUGUGCCAGUUACCAAAACUCCGCUGCCGAUGAAGCGCGAUGUGAUAUUUGAUAAAAAAGAGCAUGCAAGGCACACACUCUUCUGUGGCACUAAGGUUAUACAAACGCGAUACAUUGGAUCUAAGAAAGUGUUGGCAUUCGUGAUAAAUACAGGCAAUAUAACAGCCAAAGGUGGCCUGAUACGCUCCAUUCUAUAUCCUCCGCCUGUGGACUAUAAGUUUGAACAGGAUUCGUACAAGUUCAUUCAGUUUUUAGCGCUAAUUGCAUGCAUUGGCUUUAUAUAUACCCUUGUAACGAAGAUAUUACGCGGCACAGAUGCUGUUAAGAUAGUGGUCGAAUCGCUGGAUCUUAUAACAAUUGUUGUACCACCAGCCCUGCCUGCAGCCAUGACUGUUGGUCGGUUUUAUGCUCAAAAACGAUUGAAAGCCAACAAUAUCUUUUGCAUUUCCCCGCGGUCCAUCAACGUGGCUGGCAGUAUUGAUUGCUGUUGCUUUGAUAAGACUGGAACCCUAACGGAGGAUGGCCUAGACAUGUGGGGUGUCGUUCCAAAGUCUUCUACAAAUCAGUUUCAAAUACCCCUGAAAGAUGUGAAGCGACUGCCGUACGAUCACUUUCUGUUUGGCAUGGUCACGUGCCACUCAAUAACUGUCAUGAACGGCAUGAUGAUGGGCGAUCCCUUGGAUCUUAAGAUGUUUGAAUCGACGGGCUGGAUACUGGAAGAUUCCAACAACAUACCCGAAAAUGAGAAGUACGGUUUGAUCUAUCCGACAAUUUUACGGCAACCGCAUCGAGAGGAAACACCAGUAGCAGAGGCGGCACCCGUAUUUCGACAGAGCUCGGUAGAUGAUCUCUUGGCCAACGUGGGAUUGUUAAAAUCUAAAACGAAUUUUGAUCAUGGAAUUGUUAGGGAGUUCCCAUUUACGUCCAACUUGCAGCGUAUGUCAGUGAUCACGCGCUGUCUCAGCGCUCAGGGCUUUAACGUUUACUGCAAGGGCUCACCUGAAAUGUUACAGCAAUUGUGCCAGCCACAGAGCAUGCCGAACGACUAUAGCCAUCAGCUCUCGAUUUAUGCUAAGAAAGGGUUCCGAAUUAUUGCCGUGGCAUUCAAGACACUUAACCCAAAGGUGAACUACACAAAGGUACAGCGCCUUUCUCGCGAAGAGGUCGAGCACAACUUGGAGUUUCUCGGUUUUGUAAUACUUGAGAAUCGCCUGAAGCCGGACACAACGGCUGUUAUAAAUUCACUCAAUAUGGCAAAUAUUCGGACAGUUAUGAUUACGGGCGAUAACAUAUUAACAGCAAUGAGCGUGGCCAGAGAUUGCGGCAUUGUUAGUGCCACGCAGGCGGUAAUCACAGUGCAUGCGGUGCCCGUGUUGAUGAAAGGCUUUGAUAAGCAGCUGAAUACCGACCAAAAUACCGGCCAAUAUGAACUUCAGUAUACGCUCGAACUGGGCAGUAAGACGACGUGCUGCACACCAGCACUCAAUGGUAAUAGAACAUUUUCCGCGGCUGAAAUCGCGCUGGAUGUGGAUCUAUCAAAGUCAACAAAUUCAUUGGUAAAUGGCGGCAUGAGCUGUGCUUCAAGUGUGUUGCCCAACAGCAACAGCUUGGCCAGUGUCAAAACAAUUGACACAUGGACCCAUAACGACGGCGAUGAUGUGGAGCUUGGAGCGACAGUUGUUUCACAGCGAAAUGAUAGCUGGCGUCGUCAAUAUAUAUUCGCCAUGGAUGGCAAGACAUGGCAAAUUGUAAAGGAUCAGUUUCCCCAGCAAAUGGAAAUCAUAUUGACGCGCGGUGCCAUUUAUGCACGCAUGUCACCAGAGCAAAAGCAAUCGCUAGUGUUGGAGCUACAGAGUCUGGACUAUUAUGUGGCAAUGUGCGGGGAUGGGGCAAACGAUUGCGGUGCCCUAAAGGUAGCACACACUGGCAUAUCGUUGAGCGAGACUGAAUCCUCGAUAGCAUCGCCGUUCACUUCGCGUAAUCCAACUAUUGCUGCCGUACCGAAUGUUAUCAAGGAGGGUCGCGCCGCCUUAGUUACAUCAUUUGGUAUUUUUAAAUAUAUGGCUGCCUAUUCCCUGGUACAGUUUGUAUCCGUUAUGAUCCUAUACUCAAUCGACUCGAAUCUAACCGAUAAGCAAUAUCUCUAUAUUGACCUUGGCUUGAUAUCGAUAUUUGCAUUCUUCUUUGGCAAAACUGAGGCUUACGAUGGCCAGCUGGUCAAGCAAGUGCCGCUUAGUUCCCUCAUCUCGCCAACGCCUUUAAGCUCGCUUGUGCUCCAUUUAGCCGUCGUGGUCAUCUUUCAGGUCGCCGGUUGGUUUCAACUACAUCAACAGCCUUGGUUUAAACCCUUCCGGCCAUCUGAUGAGGACCAUUUGGGUUGCUAUGAGAACUACACGAUGUUUGCCAUAUCGAGCUUCCAGUAUAUUAUACUUGCAUUUGUAUUCUCAAAGGGAGCCCCAUACCGAAAACCAAUAUGGUCGAAUUGGCCCCUAUGCUUGACUCUGGUGAUAAAUGCCUGCAUCGUCGUUUACUUGGUUGCCUAUCCAAGCGAUUGGAUUGCCAACUUCUUUCAACUUAUCGUGCCGCCGGAUAUGUCAUUUCGUUACAUUAUGCUGCUAUAUGGAGCUGUUGCAUUUAUCACUCAUGCAUUUCUGGAGUCUUUUGUGGUCGAGUAUUUGGUAUUUAAGCGAUUCCAAGUUCGACGCGAGCAAAACUUAAAGACAUCAAAUCGCAAAUAUAUGCGAUUGGAGUAUAAUAUCAAGUCCUUUGAUAAUUGGCCGCCCAUAACGGAGGUCUAUGAUCUGCAUGAUCCAGCCGACCAUGAAGCAGAGCUACAGCCGACAUAUGUUAACUUAAGCGCUGAACAAAAUUUGGAUGCUCAGCCAACAAUUUUUCCUGGCUUUUUUGAGACGUCCGAGAACAGUGCAGAGAACCGACAUCGCGUUGCAACCAUAAACGCGCAGGUCUCGAGUACGGGUGAAGUCCGGCAUAGCUGAAGUCCAAAUAUAAAUGAGGAGAUGUACUUACAUUUUGUAUAUACAUUUACACAUGUACAUACAUUUUGUAUUAUACUAUAAGUUAACUUAGGCUACACACAUAUUAAGUUUAAGUUUAUUGAUAGACAUAUUAGACACCGUUAUUUUUGCUAAUUUCUACUGUUUAUCGCAUGUUAGCUGCUAAUAGGUAUUUCCAAUGAAAUUUUACUUACUAUAUGUACUUAUCUGGUUAAAUGCCUUCAUAGAUAAUUUAAAAUAACGUGUUGUGUGUUAGGUGUUGUGUGCAGAAAUAUGUUGAAGACAUAAUGAGAACACCUUUACAUGAGUUCAUCUGAUAUGGGGUGAAGUGUUUGCAACGAAUAUAUUGAUUAUUACUAGAGACUACGGAUAUACCCCUUCUAUUAUUUUCUAAUUAAUCAGCUGCUACGUACGCACUUAUGUACAUAAGUUGCCAUUUGUAUUUAAUAUUUAUUUUGUAAUUAAUCUAUACUGUAGCUUAUCAAAUUACUACUGAGAAUAAGUAUUCAAUAAAAACGUUUUGUAAAUCCUCGA